UCUGUAUGAAUCUUUAUCUCUCCAGGGCUGGUGUUUGAACCACAGUUCUCAGCUCAGCUCACUUAGACAUUGCUUGUUUCAACUUCUUUUCAGUCUGCUUUGGAACAGCUUCUGCCUGCAGCUAUGCUGCCUGAUUCAACUUCAGCUCUUCUUCUCCUGAGUGUCCUCCUUGUUCACUCCUCUGUUCUGUCCUGUCGGGUUGGGACCCAAAGCGAGUGUGAUGCAGCUCCAUUUGUACCAGGCCACAACCUGGUGGGGGAAAGUUUUGAUAUAGUUACACUGAGGAGAAAAAAAACUCAUGUGAUUGAUGUGAAGACUUACCUGAGCCCCAGACAUACCUGCAUUAUCUGCACCAACCCUCUUCAAAACCAUGCCUACCAAAAACUUCCAUCCUCUGUUGUGGACUGGAGUGUCGUCAGUCAAUGCAAUGUUGACAUCCACAACAGACUUCACACCACUGUUAGCUCUCUGGUUAACGCUUACAGAUCCCAAGACACCAUUGAUUGGUCGGUUGGCUUGGAGGUUGAAACUUUUGUGGUUGCCGGCCAUGAAGUGGGAGGAACCGGCUCUGACGCCUACAAGUUCGCUUCACAAAAGAUUAAAGAGGACCGCUACACUUUCAGCACACACAGUGUCACCUGCAGCCAUUAUGGUUUUAUAUUAUCAACCACACCUCCCUUAAGCAAAGAGUUCAAAAAGCAGUUAGAGACCCUGCCAAGUCACUACAACUCCACUACUGAGAAUGAGUAUAGAAAGCUCAUAAAAACCUUUGGCACACACUACUUCAGACUGGUUAAUCUUGGAGGGCGACUGAGACGACUGACAUCUUCACGAAGCUGCUUGUCCUCCCUGAAUGGAUUAACCCCAAGUGAGAUCCACACAUGUUUAUCUUUGGGUGUUGCUGUUGGUUUGGGCAAGAUGAAAAUCUCUAAUGUCCAGAAGUCUUGCAUUGGUGUCCUACAAAACCAGGACUUUGCCACUGGUUACAAGUCUGGUCUCCACCAACACCACACAGAGGUGUCAGGAGGAGAUGGUUGGUUGGGGAAGUUUUCAAUUUCCAAAAAUGAUUCCAAAGCCUACAUGAACUGGCUGAAGAGCCUGAAAGACCAUCCAGAUGUUGUUUCACACUCUCUUCGACCUCUCUAUCAGCUCGUGCCAAGCCAGCUUCAAAGGGAAGGGGUGAAAGCUGCUAUUCAGCUGUAUUUGAAGGACAGUGCUUUGAAGAUAUCAAACGCAGAGCGACACUGUAGGGGCAACAUUCCUAAUUUGUCCUCUAACUGCUGCCCUCUGCACGCCUCAAGGGGAACUCUAUCAGUGACCAUUGUUCGAGGCUGGAAUUUAUAUGGAGAUCAGAUUGGACAAACUGAUGGCUAUGCCAAGAUGUACUAUGGCUCCAUAUCCCACAAGACCAAAAUGAUCGAAUCCAAUAAUCCUCGGUGGAACGCUGAGUUUAAAUUGGGCAAGGUGGACACAAGCCUGGUUCUGAAGAUUGAGGUUUGGGAUGAAGAUUGGAAAUAUGACGACCUUCUCAUAACAUGUGGGAAGUACCUGAUCCCAGGCUCUCACAUGUUCACAUGCCAAUCAGAUUUAGGAAACGUUGAGGUUAAAUACACCCUGACUUGUGACCCGUAUUUAACUGGAGAAAAGUGCCACGAUUAUGAACCAUCUCCUAAGUGACAGGAGAUUGGUGAGUUUUGAGAAUGAAAGCAUUUCAUUUCAUCACGUAACAUUAACUCACCAAAUCUGGUAGAAUCUCACAAAUUAUACUUAAUCGCUUAACUUUGUUAAAGACCUAGCUAAAUGUGUUUUUAUCAUACAAUUAAAAAAAUCAAGAUUCUAUGUAACAUUUAAUCACAAUAAAUAACUAUGCUUUAAUAUGUGCAACCAGAAAUUGUUUUCCCUUUAAUGACAAUAAAAUCUUUGAAAUUGC